GUACCCAACACUCCUUCCUCCGUAGCACCAAUCUCGCCUCGUACAUCCUAGCCAACCAUCGCAGCCCCACGGACUUGCCUGGAAUGAAGUACUAGCCUCAAAUAAGCCUCAGAGGUGAUGACAGUGCGGCUCGCCGCACUUGCCAGGUGUCCGUUCGAUUGGCCUGGCUCUGUUCCUUCCGACGAUGCAGGCCCAAGUUCUGCUGGUUCUCCCCAAGGUCCAAAGCCAGUAAGGAGGAGAAUCUUGACGGCGCAGUCGGAAGUCGCAGCAAGCUGCGAUGAUUGGAAGACUAUAGACGAGGAGCUGCCACUUGAUCGAUGGCUCCGCGCUCGGUAUUUCGAAUGUCUCUGGCUAGGCGAGCAUCAUUUUCCCCUGGCCGACUUUCCCUUGGUCCUCAAUCAGCUUCUCAAGCGCAGUCGCAAACACCAAGGCAGUGCAGACGCAUUGGAAACGCACGACAAUACCCUGAAUACACAAAAGUUUCGACACGGCUAUACCGCAGAGGGUAGGCUGGAAGCCCUACUGGGGCCAGGAACUUGGGCGAGCUCUGCAGUAUCUCAAGAGAACAGAUCUUCACUCAUUGGAGGCGAAGAGGAAGAUGUCAGCGUCAAGACUGCCCUGAUCUCAGGUCAGGGUAGUCUAGUUGCGGCAGAAGUCCGUAGAGCUUGGGAGCUCCGCUUGUUGCGAACAGCUGAACGAGAAAGUCAACUGAGCAAGCCUACGGAUCCGCCCGGAGGAUCCUUAGAUGAGUCAGCAUUGGCUGCAAAUAUCAAUAGCAGCUCAUCGAGUGGGUACAAGCUGCGGGAUCAGUGGCUUGCAGCAAUCGAAAGGCGAGAACUCUCGCUGCAAGUGCUUCUCAUACUUGAAACGCUGCGUCUGAGCGUCGAACAUCCAGGCAUCUUGGCCAAAGUUGCAGUGCGUGGGUCAAACAAGACGCCUCACCGACCCUCCAUAGCUCCCUUGCAGAAGGCUGCUCCAGCCGACUCCUUUCAGCUGGCAGACGAUAGCCCCAAUGAUCCGGAAACAGAUCUCACAGGCACAGCGUCUACAUCGACCUACGAAGAUAGCCAGCGUAAUCUGAGAGAGGAGGAAACGCAAAGUCAGGACACUCAAGUCGAAUCGCAAGAUCCGUGUGCCCCCAAGAAGAAGCGAAAGCGCAAAAGUGCGCCAGCUCGGCGAUGGACUGGCAUGCCAACCGCCUUCGGGUUCGAUAGCCUGCCCUCCUCUUCCUCUUUCGACGGAGAAGGGUUCCCUUGGCUCAAAAGACCAAACCGCCCGGGCGAGACUCCAAACGCUGCUACUCCAGACGAUGAGGCUGCAGGGGAAGAGCAAGGCGAAGACGCUUUGGACGGUCUGAGCUUGAUCUGUGACGCCGAGAAACUACACCGACGUUUCGAAGGUCUCGUGGAUCGCCUCUCACUCCGGAUCGUGACUGCAGAGCUGGCGAAGGAUUUUGCUGCGAUUGGUUCGCCAGAAAAGCAAGCAACGACGACUGCUGAGGCAGACCAGAGUGUCGAUGCCAAAGCCAGCACAAAGGCUCCUCCGAUCUUUUUCGGGACGUCGGCGCGACGGAGAGACGAUCGCGACGAAAGGGACGAGCUACACCACCUGUGCUCUGACAUUGUAGAGCCGCGCUUCUCAAGACUACUACCACGACAGUGCUCCAUCUUACAAUCUCGCGCGACCGGCGGAACCUCAGCUACACCCGCCCGACCGGUAAGGAGUAGAACUCUGGUGUCCUCAGAGGGUAUGUCGCUCUCUGGAGCAGUGAGCAAUGCUGACAACAGUGUCGAGCAGCUCCGACGAAAGAAGGAGGAGCAGCUGCUCAAGCAAACCCGCACAGAGCUUGACCUCAUAAGCAAGAGGAAGAUCGCUGCGGGGAAAGCCAAGGAACGGGAGGCACGAAAGGCCAGCCAGAGACCAGGGCUGAAAGACGCUCUCGUGCUCGAACAGAAGGAGCGAAGGGGGUCAAGGGCUUCUUCGACCGCUGCUGAUGCUGAAAGGUUCAAGAGGGAGGUCAGCGUCAAGAGGCGGGUAGGCUUUGCAAGAAGCUCCUCUCUCAGUGGAAAUGCUUUGACUGCAUCUCUGCAAAGCGAGACGGACCAGCAAAGCAGUCAGAAGCCGCCACUUCAGCAGCGCAACGACAAUGUUGCUGCUUCUUCGAACACCUCCAAUCGACCGCACAAGAGAAAGAUUGCGGAGCCCCAGCGCUUUGGAGGCCUGGCGAAUGCAGCGGCGCAGCCAUCCUCUCUGAGAACUGUCAGUGACCCUGCAUCGUCCAACGCUGCCUCACACCGUGGUACCGAGCAAGACGACGACAAUCCUUUCAGGGACGUGCGCAACACAAUCUCCCACGGAGCCUCUGCGUCUGUGCUGAUAGGCAAGCCAGGCUUGUUCGCCAGUGCCAUGCAAUCUUCACAGCUGCUGCCUGCACAGCUGCCACAGCAAGCUCGCUCCACCAUGUCCUCCGCCUUCAAUAGAUCGUCGUCCUUUGCAAGAUCUUCCAGUCAGAGCUUUGGCCAGUCGCAGAUACAACAAUCUCAGCGUUACCUCGACCAGCCGGACGGUAUCCUCAAGAGAGCUCCGGCUGCUACUUCAAUGGCGGCACCAAAGGCACCGCUGAGCUCAGGAGGCAGAGGAUCGGCUGCUUGGCAGAGGACAGAGUCUCAGCCCGUAACAUCGCGAGACCUCUCUUCCCUCAGUGAUGCCACCUACCGCGACAUGAGACCAGGAGGCAAGCCCGAGAGCCAGACAAACGGGGAGAGUCAGUCAAACCAGCCAAUGACACGUUCGCGAACACCGCUCGUGACUUCUCAGAGCCAGCCAGCUGACCUGAGUCUGGCACUGUCGACUGAGUCAUUCGACGACGUCUCCGAGGACGACAGAAGCGACAUUGAGGCUGCUGACGAAGGAGGAGAGGACGAAGAGGAAGAGGAAGAAGAGGAAGAGAUGCUCGUCUUCAAUCGCCGUCAUGCGCCCCCUGUGCCCACUGUGAGCAGGCCGGAAGGCGACUCUGGUGCUGCUCGCCCGCUGCUGGGAGUCCCACGAGGCAUGUCCCGCACGGCUAGCGCCUUAUCCGCUCUACGAGGCUGGGCUACAGCUGGAACAUCGCCAGUCCUUGGCACUGCACCCCUGACGGACGCCUCCCGUACAGGAGGUAGCGCAGCAGUGCUAGGUGCAAGUCAAAGUCAAGAUGCAGUCUCGGCUUCAGGCACUCUGUUGCAAGAGAAUACACCCUAUUCCGAAGCCUCACAGCCGCCAAUAGCGAUUGCCCCUGUGCGUCACCCGCCGGCUCUGAGGGUGCCGAGUGGUCGCAACCCCUUUGCCAAGACGAUCUCAGUAGGUCGUGCAGAUGCCGUCAUCGACGCGACGGCAGACUCGCAGCCUAGAGGCCCCUUUGGGGUGAAGCGAAUGGCUUCGACUGAAAUGACCCAUGGGGCAGGAAUGCAGAAGAAGAGGGUCUUCGUAGAGGAAAGCGACGAGGAGUGAGAAUUGAGGUCAGUGCGGUAGGGCGAUGUAAAGGAAGGAAGUGGCGACAUGACCUGUCUGCUCCAGCGCUAGCUUGCUUGUGGCAGUGAUGCAGGCGCAGAAGGACCAGAGAGGCUCCCUUUGCAAAUUACUCAAGAUUGUCAUCUAUUCACAUUGUGCGUGCGGAAGGAAAUGCUA